CCACGUUAACUUAACAAGCUCGGUCAAUGACGCUAACCUAAGAACUAUAUGUUAUUUAUAAACGUAGAUAACAUAUUAAGUUAUAAAAGGUUCCAACUCAAUAUCUCUAAAAGUUCUCGAUUUCUGAAAAGAAAUCUGCAAACAAAUAAACAAACAAACAUACAUACAUACAUACAUACAAGACAAACUAAGAACUUCCUUUUUUCUGAAUUCGUUUAAAAAUAGAUAAACAUUCUUAUACCUAUAUUAUAUCUGCAAUAUACGUAUUCACGUGUUAGCCAAGUCAACGAGUGAGACUACAAUUGUCGUGAUGGGAAAGGCUCGCAGAGAAGAUGGAGAAAACUCCAGGUUCGUGGAAAUGGAGGAGAACGGCCGCGGGGAGACACUCUGCAAAGUCUGCGGGGACAAGGCUUCAGGAAAACACUACGGGGUGCCGAGCUGCGACGGAUGUCGCGGCUUCUUCAAGCGGUCGAUCCGUAGAAAUCUGGACUACGUGUGCAAGGAGAACGGGCGCUGCAUCGUGGAUGUGUCGCGACGCAACCAGUGUCAAGCCUGCCGCUUCACGAAGUGCCUUCAGGUCAACAUGAAACGUGACGCCGUGCAACACGAAAGAGCACCUAGGAGCACAUCCUCCCUCGUCGCAGUGGCGAGGAGGACACCCUCAGGGCUUUACACGGGCAUUCCAAACGUCUAUCAUCCCGCGGGCAGCGCCUACCACCCUCUCCUGUAUCCCGCGUUGUUCCCCUUCAAGCCCACGGUGCCGACAUUCGCACCGUCAGUCGCGCACUUCUUGCCACGACCGCCCGCGGAAUCCUUAUCCAUGACUACCGGCAAGGAAGACGAAGUUACCAGUUCCGAGGAGGCCAGCACCGUCGACGUCAGAAUCGAGCCGAAAGAGGAAUUGGUGAGCACUCGUCUGGCGCCGCCUAUCAUCACUUCCGUCCCGUCGGAAUAUACCGUGCAAGGCUUGUCCCUGCUGCCGACCGAGAAUAUCUACGAGUUCGCGGCCAAGUUGCUUUUCUUCGCUGUAAGAUGGGCGAGAAGUAUACACUCCUUCCUGCAACUCCCUUAUAGAGACCAGACUAUUCUUCUGGAGGAAUCGUGGAGUGAGUUAUUUGUGCUGACAGCGGCGCAGUGGAACUUCUCCGUGGACGAGACCACCUUGGUACCGGUAGACUUGCCGCUGGAGCGAAGAGAAACUCUCGUCGACAAAGCUAGGAGGCUGAGGGAACUCUUAGCGAAAUGCGCCGUUCUGAGGGUCGAUCAUUCCGAAUACGCGUGUCUGAAAGCCAUAGUCCUCUUCAAGGCGGAAUCGCGAGGACUCUGCGAGCCGGGUAGGGUGUCAGCGCUGCAGGAGCAGACAGUGGCGGUGUUCUGCGAGAGGGAUGCGCGCAGAGUGGGUCGAUUGCUGCUGCUUUUACCAUCAGCGCGUGCUCUCUGCCGUGCUACCCUACACGAAUUGCUGUUCAAGCCGACGGUCGGCGACGUUAGCGUGGAGCGACUGUUGGGCGACAUGGUCGGCGCCCUCAGGCCUACCUAACUGUCGGGGCGAGUGCGACUCUGAGGAUAUCCCGUGCGUGUGUUUUAUCGACACUCGUUUAUCGGCGAAGCUAACUCGGGCAGACUCAACAGAUCGAUCUAGGGCUGGUCGAGAUAAGUAUCGAUAUUCUCAUGUGCAUCUGUUAUACACAUACAAUGGAAGAGACUUAUAUAUAAUGAAAAAUGUAUAUCGCAGAAUACUAAGAAGGAUAUUGGAGAAAAAGUUGAUAAAUGAGACAAUAGGAAGCGUACAAGAAGCUAUUAGGUUGAUGCAAAAGAUUCGUCGUGUUCGUCAAAUACGAGAUUAUUCAGUUUCGAAGAAUUAAUAAUUUGGAGGAGCAAAAUGGGCAGUAUCGACAGCAGUUUUGAAAUAUCUAAUGGGGACUUUCUGUUUGCUUUCCAAUGUUCCGACUUUUAAUACGACAAUUUAAUAGAAAAAUAAUAUAUAAAUUCUUAAUUAAUUGAUUUUUAAAUAAAUAAUUAAUUAAUUAAAAAUCUUUUGCACUAAUCUAGCAUAAGAAAAGCUCAUGUAUACAAGCACAUUAGAAAUUAAUUAAUACGUUCCGUGCCAGACUAAUUUUACGUCCAGGUCGCGUGGGUCAAUUGUGUGUUAUUGUAUUUAUUAAAUAAUAAAUGCCUCACAUAUAUAACACAAGAUUUAUUUCAUGUUUAUGAAAUGUUUCUGAGUCGAAUUAUUAAACGGUCAGAAUAGAAAAUUCAGCGUGGGUGACCGAUGACGCAUGCGGCGCGGCGCGUGUUAAUUAAGCAAUUCAUUUUAGAGAGCGACGCUACUCGUUCUCUUGCGAAGAGUCCAGGGAAUCCAAGGAAUAUCGACGUUUUUCAGUAUCAUUGACCAUCUUUAAUUCGACUUUGAUAUCGCGUAAGUUGCACAAAGUUAGUUGUUUCAGUUUGAGAUAUAAGGUUAUCUCUCGAGAUUGUUAGUAUAAUUGUAACGAUUUGUAAUUAUUGUUCUCGCAAUUAUUAUCGGAUUAUGACGCGCCGUGUUGAUAAAACACGUAACGAUAGGAGCAAGCCCGCCGAUAAAACCAAGUUUCACGAUUCAACGAUGCAAAUUCACAAUCUUCAGUUUCGUUUGAGGUAAAAUUACCAAUUCCCGGAUUUAAUCCUUGAUAUUCUUAUUGUUUUGGUCCUUAAAUACAAAUAUUCAAAUUUUCAACAUAGAAUUAUAUACAUUCAAUAAUAUAUUAUAUAUAUAAGGAUUGCGAGUAAUUAAUUAUCGUAUGCAAUUGACGAUUGAUAUAAGUCAAUUCAAUUAGAGACCGUUCGAUUUAUUUUAACAAAUUCAAUCGAAGAUUACUCAAUUGAAAGAAGGGAAUCAAAAGUCAUUCAAGUAGCAAUUGAAUAUAGUAAAUUCACUUAAAGACCGUUUAAUUGACGAUUCAUAUAAGCAGAUUCAAUCGACUCAAUCGAAGAUUGUUCAAUGACGAUUGAUGUGACCAGCGCUCCCUCUCAGUACGGGUCCUACUGACAGCUUCUUAAUCAUCGACAACUUCCACGACGCCAUAAUAUUCCAAGCAUGAAUAUUAUUCACAAAAAACCAAUUGUAACUUUAGUAAUCCAGCGCUUCUCGAUUAAAUUGAUCGAACUUGCUUAUAUCAGUAGUCAAUUAAACGGUCUUCGAUUAAAUUCACUGAGUUCAAUUUGCUAAUUAAACGAUCUUUGAUUCUUUACGCUCAUAUUAUUCGUCAAUUAAACGAUCUUCAAUUGAAUCCGUUGAAAUCAGUGGUCGAUUAAACAAUCUUCGAUUGCUUUUAAUCAAUCGUCAAUUAGUUAAAUUGAAACGUAUUUGUUCAUAUAGCAACUAUUAAAUGGAGAAAAAUUUAACUGAUACUUUUACAACCAAUACAUGAUGUAUAUUUUAUGUUUUGAAAGUUUAAAUAUUCGUAUUUAAGAACCAAAACAAUAAGAAUAUUCAGGAUUGAUUACAUGUUCGCGUGUUGGUAGUUUUAGCUUAUUUAUCGUUCAUUUUUAUUAAUCCUAUCGAUUCGCGAUAGAUAGAAUUAACGUCAUUCGAGCUCGAAUGUCAAUUGGCGUCGGCUCUUUACUAUGUGCAUGCGGUAUUAUGUAUUGACGGGCUUUGCGCAAUGUAAUAUUUACGCACCUUAAUUGGAUACGUGUAUAUAUAGUUCUGUACUAGAUAUAAAUAAUCUUUCUCUUUCCUCUUUCUCUAUUUCUCUCCCUCUGCCGCGGGUCUGUCUGUAUAACGCGUCGUAGAGUGAAUAUAUUAUCUAUUAAAGAGACAAGAAUCGAUGUUCGCGUAAUUUAUUUAAUCGACCGAUUGAAAAUUCCGUUUGUUUAUUAGACAGAUGUAUUAGAAACGAGAAACUAUUAUCCCCGGCAUUAUACUCUCGCUAUUGUUAUCUUUGUAUGUAUAGUGUUAAUUGCGCUAAUUACCCAAGAAUCAUGCGAUCGCAAACCGGUCAUUAUCGCAAAGCAAAAUUGUAUAUUGAGAAAAAACAGUGGUUGAGUUAAUGAGACUUUGUUCGAACAAGCGAAAUUCGUUCGAGCAAACGUUUAAUCGAUUCAACGAAUUAUAUAGUUACUGCGAUGAGAGUUAUCGAUUGAUUCAAUGAUUGCGAUAGAUCAGUAACUACAUGAACGCAACUUAUUGUUGCACUAACGCGUAAUUUGUUCAAUAAAUACAACAUUUCUUUGUCGAUUUUGUCGAUCCAAUUGCUUUUUCUCUCAGAAAUUAGGCAACCUUGUUCCUCAAAGUUAUUCGCCAUAAUGAUUGAACUGGAAUAAAUCUCUUGAGAAAAAACGAUGACUUCUCUCUUCUCAUCGAUAUAAUCUUUCCGCGCGGGAGUACGUUUGAUCGGUUCUCUCGCGUAAGUAGUUAAUAUGCCAGUUUCGUUACUUCCUGGUAAAUGUUCUGCCAAUGUAUAUCUUCCAGAGUUGUAAAGAUAUUAAUUAAAUUUUUCUCAAUUUAACAGUUGAUUCGAACAAAUACGUUUCAAUUCACUUAAUUGAUGAUUGAUUGGAGCAACAAACAAUUGAUAAAUGUUUAAUCGACGGUUGAUUUCAACGAAUUCAGUUGAAGAUCGUUCAACUGACGAUUGAACUUGGCAAAUUUAAUUAAAAGGCCGUUUAACUGAUAAUUGAUACGGGCAAAUUCAAUUGAUUUAGUCGAAGAGCGUUUAAUUACUCGAGGUUAUAAUUGGUUUUGUAGAUGAUAUUCAUACUACUCGUAUUGAGAAAAAUAUUUGAAAAUUUAU